CAGUAUCCAUCUGCAGUAAUAUCAAUCAACUAGCUGGAGUACCCAGUAUCCAUCUGCAGUAAUAUCAAUCAACUAGCUGGAGUACCCAGUAUCCACUUGCAGUAAUAUAAAUCAACUAGCUGGAGUACCCAGUAUCCACCUGCAGUAAUAUCAAUCAACUAGCUGAAGUACCCACUACCCAGUGUUGUCAAAGUCAAAGUUACUACAACUGUUUACCCGCGAUUGCAAAAUGGAUGUUAAUUUUACAGAUAAGUGCGCUUUUGCUAUCUCAGAAAAGAGUUCAAAUGACAGUAUGGUAUUUUCUGAAUCAUCUUCAUUGUUAGCUGGAAUAUUCGCCAUUAUCUUGGCAGUUGUUGGGACCUGUCUCAACCUUCUUUUUAUUCUAGCCUUAUUGUUCCACAGACGAACUAGAGCUCAUUUGACCACCCCCUUCAUGUUGUCAGUUUCCGUCGCAGAUUUUUGGAAUUCUUUAUUUAAUUUACCGAUUAUGGCGGUCAGAUUUAUCUCAAGGGAUUGGAUGGGAUUCCUUGGAUUCGGAAUAUGUGAAAUAUAUCCAUUAUCGUUCUACGGGACAAUGGGAGCUAGCCUACUCAGUCUAACCAUCAUAACAGUUAACAGAGCGUUUAUUCUGUUCUUUCCCAACAAGGUUGACAGAAUAUUUUCUAAUAUUAUUGUUGUCUGCAACCAUAAUAUACCUACAAGUAGUAUACUGAUUCUACUUCUAUGCUGGCUUGUACCUACUGGUAUACUUCUUUUACCUACUACUGGUGUAUAUGGGGAAGUAGGGUUGAAUGAUGCAACUCAAAGCUGCACUCUGCUCAGAGAUGAAAAGGGACAUACUGUUAAACCCUUGAUUUAUUUAGUUGGAUUUAUUCUUCCUUGUGUUACACUGUUCGUGACAAAUAUUGCGGAAUGAUUUUAACAAUGUCAAAAAAUAAAAUUAAAAAUGUCAACAUCUAAAUCAAUUAUCUUAAAAUUUAUUAUUGUUAAAAUCAUAAACGGAUACAGAUGGGGCUGAAGGUGAGUUACAUUUAUAUUUUUUUAACUUAAGUGCUACUUUUUCUUUGUACACUUUAUAACAUUGCUUCUUAGCAAUUUAAAAAUAGAUUUUUCUGUGUUUGCAAUGAUUUGGAUUUCCAAAUAAUUUUUA